AAAAAAAAAAAAAAAAAAAAAACAGCAGUGACAAUGUCCGAACCCAAGCCCACAGCUCCUACCCCUACCCGACCGCUCACAUUCCUCAUAACAGGCUGCUCAUCCGGUUUCGGCCUGUCCCUCUCCCGCAUCGUGCUCGCCCACGGCCACCACCUGAUCGCCACCUCCCGCAACCCGGGCCGCACCCCGGAUCUCGUGGCAGAGGUCGAGUCGCGAGGCGGCAGAUGGCUUGCGCUCGACGUUGACGACCCGGCCUCGGGCUCGCUCGUCGACAGCCUAGAAAAGAAGGCGGGGGGCAUGGGCACGCACAUCGACGUGCUGGUCAACAACGCGGGCUACUCCAUCCACGCGCCCGUCGAGACCUUCACGGAGGAGGAGCUGAGGGGCAUGAUGGAGACGCUCUACUUCGGCCCGACCCGGCUGAUCCGCGCGGUGCUGCCAUACAUGCGGCAGAGGCGGUCCGGGGUGAUAGUCAACAUGAGUAGCGGUGCCGGCUUGGAAGGGAGGGAGAGUAUGGGCGGGUACGCCGCGGCCAAGGCGGCCAUGGAUGGCUUGAUGAAGGUGCUCGGGAAGGAAGUCGCGCCAUUCGGGGUGCGGACUCUGACCGUCCAGCUCGGGGCCUUCAACACCAACAUGCCGAACGCUGCGAGCUGCGGGAGGGUUCCGUUUCCUGAUGAUUACAAGGGAACUCCGGUCGAGACGGUCGCUGGGCUUAUCACUGGUGGGACGUUCAAUCCGGAUGGGGAUCAUGAGAAGGCCACAAGGGCUAUCUAUGAAGUUAUUGUUGGGGAAGGCGUUGGAGCUGGUCGUGAAUCCGAGAGGAUGUUGCCGCUAGGGAGGGACCUGGCGGUGCGGCUCAGGGAGGUGCAGGACGGCCUCGGCCACGCCAUGGAAGUGUUUGGUGAGGUGUGUAACAAUGUAUAUCUGGAGACGCGCGGACCGUCAUCGUCGGUCUAAGCCUACCCAUCUGGCUAGGUUGCGGUAUGGGUAGUAGUGGGCACUUACAGGUAGUCUUCAGUGAAGGAACGUAUUGGACGCAAUUCCUGGCCUAGUUUUUGAUCCAGGUUCUCGCUGUAGGCACAAUAUGUCUUCGCGGCCUGCAGUAAGUCAUGCUCCUCAUUUCCAAUACAGCUGGUACGACGAGAGGAAUCCCUCUCCUUCGAAUCAACCUAGAACUGGAG